CAGCGGUGUGGGAGACAGUCUUGAGAAACCGGUUAAACGCCAAAGUAAUCUGUAGCUUAUAAUACUAAAAAUCUGUGUCAUGAAGCGUGCGUCUACAGUAGCUCUGGGAUUGACGGCGAUUGCAGUGUCGCUUCUGGUGAUCCUGACGCAGCUGAGAGCGAUGGGCUCGGGAACCCCAGGGACGUCUGAUUUCGCCGCAAGCUCCCGUAUUGUAGGUGGAACGACGGUCAAAUCUCGCCACAAGUACCCAUGGUACGUAGGGCUGCAUCAUACAUAUCUUCCCGACAGCAUAUGCGGCGGGUCCAUCAUCAGCGUUCAGUACAUUCUUACCGCUGCUCACUGCAUUGCUGGCUAUUGCCAAUUUUUGACCGUUAGCAUUGCGGAUUUCAAUCAACAUUCUGCAGCCGACGAUGUGAAGGGGGUAACCCGUCUCGCACAGAUUGACAGAUGUAUUGUUCAUGAUGAUUAUGACAACAAAACCAUGGAUAAUGAUAUUGGUCUUAUCCGCCUGAAGGAAAAGCUGAGCCUAAAAACAAACGAAGAUCUCCGAUCCGUGUAUCUCCCAGAGUCUCGUAAAAAUACUUACGAAGGUAUAUUGGGGACUGUAUAUGGAUGGGGGAGACUUGGCAGUGACGGCCCUGUUCCGGAUGUCUUGCAAGAAGUCAGUCUUCCCAUCCUGGGUAAGGCAUGCACUGGCAGAGUUAUAGCAGGCUCCGUGAUCACUUCACAAAUGAUAUGUGCAGGUGUCCCUGAGGGAGGAAAGGACUCGUGUCAGGGAGACUCUGGAGGUCCUCUCACUGUCGUAGAAAAAGGGAAAACAGUAAUAGUCGGCCUCGUAUCCUUCGGAGAUUCCUGCGGCCUCCCAGACUCUCCCGGUGUGUACACGCGCGUCUCUGAGUAUUUAGACUGGAUCAGCAAGAAUACUGCCGAUGCUCACAAUGCAUCAUCUAUGAAUGGGCACAAUAGCUCAGAGAGUCAGGAGGACAACUCGAUAUUUCAGACAGAGCAUACUUUUCCAGAACAUGCAAGGAACUGUAAAGAGUUACAAGAGCUUGGCUACAAUAAGAGUGACAUAUACACAAUCUGGCCAUAUGACUGUUGUCCUGAAUUAUCUGUUGAGGUCUUCUGUGACAUGGCCACCGAUGGGGGUGGAUGGACCGUCAUCCAGCGAAGGGACAAGCUCGAGAUGCAGGAGAACUUCUUCCGGACCUGGAAAGAGUAUGCGAAAGGGUUUGGAGAGUUAACCGGGGAGUUCUGGCUUGGACUCAAACACAUCCACGCGCUUACCAGCCAGUCAAUCUUCGAGGCGCGUUUCGAUCUCUGGGAUUUCAUGGGAAGCAAAGCUUAUGCAAAAUAUAAGGUGUUUAAAAUCCUCGGCCAAGAACAUAGAUACGCUCUCAGAAUUGCAGACUACUCAGGAAACGCGGGAGACUCCAUGGCUCUUCAUAACAGGAUGCAAUUCUCAACUAAAGACAAAGGCAGGAGAGACUGUGCUAUAGGUUUCAAAGGCGGUUGGUGGUACGAAAACUGUCACCACGCCAACCUAAACGGCAAGUACUUGAGCGGAUACACGCCGGACUUCGGAGAAGGCAUCCACUGGAAAACUUGGCGGGAUCACCUUUAUUCGCUCAAGAAAACGGAAAUCAAGAUCAGGCCGACAACAUGAUGCUUUUUGGUCGCGUAUCAUAACACUGCCUGGACUAUGAAUUUCAGAGGCCCUUCCGUGAUGUUGCUUUGGGCGAAUUCGGUUGCCUGGGGUCUGUAACAAGUACAACUGAUGGGUGAAUAAAAUAUCGGCAGAGUUCCUCGGAUUUAUUCUAGGUCAGAGCUGUGGGAGCUGUAGGUGUUGACCGAGCCGAUGCUGAAGGCAGAGUGAUUUCGGCUCUCUAAGAUUUUGAGGGGUUCACAAAAUAUUCGUUUAACAUAAGAA